AUGUACAAUAGCAGAAGUCCUUACACCUCUUCCCCUAUCAAGAAAAACCCCUCAGUUGUUAAUCCUGUUAACACCAGUUACUCACGUAGCCCAAUCAACUACUCCAGAACUCCUGAAACUUCAAAGAAAACUGGCCCCAAUUACGAAGGAGGUUUAAACUAAAGCACUGCCUACAAGAAUAAUAUUAUCGGUAAUGGUGAAGAAAUCGAUUUAUGGAAGAGCAGAUGCAAUGAACUUGAAAGCAGCUUGUGCUAAGCUAACACUGACUUAGAAUUGGCUCACUUCCGUGCUAAAAAGGCUCUUGAGCUUGAACACAAAUGCGAAGAAUUAGUUCGUAUGAAUGGUAAUCUAUCUUAAGAAAAUGAAGGAUUACAAAAGCAAACUAAUUAGCGCAAAGCCGAAAGCGACAUUUGGAGACAAAAGUAUGAAACUUAAAUGAAUAAUAUAAUUUCUCUUAAGUCCAACUAUGAAAUGGAAUUAAAGCGUUUAUCAACAGAAAAUGCUCGUCUCCGCGAUGAAUUAAAGCAAGGAGAAAUUGAUAAGGUCAAGGAAAAUGAAGAUGUUCGUUUCAAAUUGACCACAGACUCUCAUGAUAAGAUAGAAAACUUGAAGAAAUCUCAUCUUGCCAACAUUGAACUCUACGAAGAAUAACUCCGCAAACUUCGUAAUAUUGUCGAAGAUCGUGAAAAGGAAAUUGCUAAGCUCAGCAGCCAAAUUUCUCAAGCCCGCUACGAUGGUUCUUCUGAAGCCUACCGUCUUAAUGAAGAUCGUGAAAAGUUGAAGAUGAAGAUCUCUGAAUUAGAAGUUGAAAGUCGCUAAGAACUUGAAAACUUAAGAAGCAAACUCGACUAACAAGCCAGCGAAUAGCUUGAUUCCCUUAAGAAGUUGCAUGAUAAUGAAUUGGAAGUUAUGAGUGGUGAAAUCCAUAAACUUCGUAACCUACUUGAUGUUAAGACUAAAGAAAUAGAAGCUCUUAUUGACUAAAACAGAGGAUUAAAGCGCAAUUAUGAAGAAGAAACCCACAACUUGCGUCAUGACUUACAAGCCUUGAAGGACCGUAUCGCUGAUAACAAUGAUUUCGCCAACAGUGAAAUCUCUGCUCUCCAUGAUUAACUUCAUAAUCAACACACUUCUGACAUUUAAGGUUUAAAGUUCCACCACGAAAAUCAAAUCUAAGCCCUUAAUGCUGAAAAGGAUGAACUUUAAAAUAUUAUUGAUGCUAAGGAAGCAGAAAUUCAAAACUAAAUCCGCGAAAAGCAACUUGUACGUGAUAGUCUUAAUGAUGAAAUCAAUCGUCUCAUGGCUGACGUUGAUAAUUGGAAAAUAAAAUAUACUUACCUUGACAACUAACGCGCUUAAGAAAAUUAAGAAGCAGCUAUCAAGUAUGACACCCUCAACAACCAAUAAAAUGAAUUCGCUUCUGCUCAACGCAAUUAAAUUAAGUAUCUCCAAGAAGAAAUUGAAAAUCUUAAAUAGUUACUUCUUGCUAAGAAUUAAGAAAUUGAUUCAAACCGUGCUCAACACGCUGAAAUCCGUGACGGUCUUGAAUAAGAUAUUUCUAAUGCCUUUGCUGAAAUUGAAGAAUGGAAGAAGAAGUAUGCUCAUCUCUAACAUGAACGUGAUAUCACAGUUGAAGAUUUGAAGCUUAAGCUCUCUGUCUUAGAAACAAAGGCUAACGAACAAAAGAAGAAGUUAGAAUCAACCAUCAACUACUUAAAGGAAGACAUUCAAAGACUUAAAGAUACCAUCGAAAUCAAGGAAAAAGAAGUUUAAAAUCACUUGAAGCACAGAGAAUUACAAGACAGAGAAAUCAAAAAACUCAAAUAAGACAAUGACAGUCAAAAUGACCAUCUUAGAAGAUUAGAAAAGCUCAAGGCUAGUGAAUUAGAAGAUUAGAGAAAGAAAUUAGAAACUUCUAAUAAUAACGUCAUUGAAUCUAUUAAGAUUUCUCAUCAAAACUAAGUCAAUAUUAUGAACACUGAAAUAAAUGAUCUCAAGCACCUUGUCAACUUAAAGGAUUAAGAAGUUCACGAUAUGAUCAACAAAUAUGAAAAGUUAGAAUCUGCAAUUGGUGAAUUUAAAUACAACGCUGAAAAACUUAAAGAACAUCAAUCUCAAAUAUAAGCUUUAGGAAACGAAAUUAUAAAUAAUAAGAGUAUCUAUGAUUCUUACUCCAAAGCUAGACACACAAGAUAUCCCUCUUCUGCUUCUAAGAUCUAAUAAUGA